CUGAACAGUUCACAUCAAUUUAUUCUAAACUUGCUUUGUAAAAUAUUAAAAAUUGGUUGUGCUACUUUACACCAACAAAAAACCCAACAUUUAAAGAAGUGGUAAUUUUUCGAAAGACAAGAUGCUCUUAGUGCAAGUAUUACCAAGUUUUGAAAAUAGUCGAGAUGAGCGUUUGGACCAGCCAAUCUUGUUUGAGAUCGAGGAUAACGCAAACAUUCUGCAUCUGUGCCAAAAGCUGGAGCCUAUAACGGCGAUACCCCUGUACGAGAUUAAAAUCGAAAAAUUAGGCAAGGGAAUAGACAAUAACGAAUUGAUUUCUGAUGUUUUGGAUGUGGGGACUUCUGAAGAUUUGGGAACGGACGCUGAACUCUCUGUCCUACACGGCAGCUCAUUUGUGGCGAAGAUAAAAUUCUACAAACAAGCACAUAAAAACGGAGAACCGCUCAGCCACGAAUACUACGGGCUUCCGCAAGAGAUGAUCAAGCGCAAUGGUACUCUUCUCACAGGACGAUCGGCUCAAGUCGCGGAUCCUGAGCCGAUCUCUAGCUUUGAAGAGGAGGAGCCGACCUGUUGCGAGAUCAGAUCAGCGAAUUUGCUAUAAAGAAGUGUAAUUGUAACUGCUUAGCUUAAAAAACCCCUUGCCUCUCCUGCUUUUCCUGAUGGUGCUCCCAGCUGUAACGUAGUCAAAUCGAUGUCGUUAAUGUAGCCAAAGAUCUACUCCAGAUGGUUCCAGUUGGAUAUCAUGUUCCGCUCGAAAGGGCUUUUCGUUGGAAUUUCGUUGCCCACCUGGACUUCGGCCGGUGACUUCACAGCCGCUCCAGCCCACGACCCACUCAUUGUCGAUCACCAGAAUGCAGCUUAACUCGUGAGUUUUCAUAAAAAAAGAAGCCAAUCUGAUGAUGUAGAACGCCAUGACUUUCUAUUUGUUCGAAAUUGUUUGUGUCCUGUCUAUGUUAGUUUCCGUACGGCUUUCGGAACAGUUCAGAUCAAUUUUUUCUGAACCUGCUUUGUAAAAUAUUAAAAAUUUUUAAGUGCUUCUUCACACCAACA